GCGACGGCGUAUAUAAGCAGGCGCGUGGACGGCGACGGGCCGCACUGCAGUGAGCAGAUUCAUCAUAACUUCAAGUUAAAGAUGGCAUUCGCCGGAAUCCUGAGCGACUCUGAUAUCACUGCAGCCCUUGCGGCUUGCCAAGCUGCCGACUCCUUCAAACACAAGGAGUUCUUUGCCAAGGUGGGUCUGGCUGGCAAGUCCGCCGAUGUCAUCAAGAAGGCAUUUGCUGUCAUUGACCAGGACAAGAGCGGCUACAUCGAGGAGGACGAGCUCAAGCUCUUCCUGCAGAACUUCUCUGCCAGCGCCAGAACUUUGACUGACAAAGAGACCAAGGCGUUCCUCCAGGCCGGUGACACUGACGGCGACGGCAAGAUCGGAGUUGAUGAGUUUUCUGUUCUGGUUAAGCACUAAAACAAGAAGAACACUGACCAACAUGGAACUUGACAAGUACAAAAGGAACAACAUGAGCCAAGAUCUUCUCGUCUUCUCUUUUCUUCUCUCUUGACCCUCCUGCAAGUUUUAUACACAUGUGACCUUUGACCUCUGAAACCAACUCAAGCCCGCUCUACCUGUCAAUGGUUUUGGCUGUAGCUGACUGUAUGUGGGGUGGUUGUGUGACUUUUAUUCUCUCUCUCUCACUCUCUCUCUCUCUCUCUCUCUCUCUGUCUCUCACGCAAACACACUUCUGUGGUCCUCGCCCUCAUCGUGCUGUAAGUUUUUUUUGCUGACGGUGCACUUUUAUGGCAAACGGACGGA